AGAGAUUACGCUUUAUUUACAAAACAAAUGUAAAUCAUCUUCACCACACCCUACGCCACAUCAAACCAAAACCUGUGCCUGAAUUCUCACCCUUUUGAAGUUCCACUCCUCAACAUCAACAAUGUCCGCAGAACUACCACCUUCCUCCGCCGCAACAACCACCAGACCAUGGCCUGAAUUCUUCGACACAAACUCACUAUCUCUCCCCGUCUCUCUCUCCGACGCCACAACUCGUCUCAACAUCAACCUAACUCACUUCCGAGUCAACUACAUCAACAUCUUCCUCAUCAUCUUCUUCCUCACUCUCUCUUUACGCCCACUCUCUCUCCUCAUCAUCUUCGUCACUUCUCUCGCAUGGUACUUCAUCUACUUCUCUCCUCAAUCUUCGCCGAUUGAAAUCUUAGGGUUCGUCAACGACGAUCGCAUCAUCGUCGCUGUACUCGGUGUAAUUACAGUUUUAGCUUUGUUCUUCGCACAUGCGUGGUUGAAUUUGUUGCUCGCGAUUGUAAUUGCGGCGGUUCUUGUUUCUUUGCACGCUGUUUUUAGGGGUUCUAGUUAUGGAGAUCAGGAUCCGUAUGGUGGUCUUCUUGAUGCUGAAUCUGGUGGUUAUAGUGAGUUCUAGUUUUGUUUUUAGGGUUUUUUUUCUCGAUUGGUGUUGAUUUGUGAUUUUUAAUUGGAAUUGGAAAUCUUAUUAGUUGACAUGAUUGAGCUUAAUUGGAAUGAAUUUUGUUCCCGAUUGAUCGAA